AUGAUUUGGACUUCAAAUGAUGAUUGUAUUACCAGACAGAAUAUGUCCAUUCGCGACACUAUUUCAGAGUUGCAUGCUACAACUAGAUUACCUGCUGGUUGGUUUAGAGAUUUAAUAGAAAUUAAAAAUAAAUUAGUAGUAUCAUUUUUCAAAAUGGGAUUGUACAAUGAAAAUUUUCAACGAAAUAUAGAAAACAAAACCAAUACAAAACCAUAA